AGCUAGCACCCAUUCAGCGCCAAUGACGUAUGUUUUGAGGUAUCUUGUUUGGAAAACAUCAACAUCGCAGAUGAGAACCCCUUACAUCCACUGAUCAUGGCAGCCGAAAACAAGCAGGAGCCAGAGAAGUCUGAGCACAAGGGCGUGUCCGAUGAGGAUGCGCAAAAGGAGUCUUCUAAAGUCGCGAAACAAGCGGCCGAAGCCCACGACAAAGCUACCGAGCUUUUGCACGCAGCGGCCGCUGCGGGUGACCCAGAAGAACGCCAGAAGCUCAUGGAACAAGCUCUUGAACAACAAAUCCAAUCGAAAUCCCUUGGAAAGACAGCCAAAUACCUGCAAUCAGGCACCUUUCAGGGCAUGGCCGUCGGUGCAGGCCUUGGUAUUGCUCCAGGAGCUUCAUUAGGUGCCAUAACAGGAACUUUGGUCGGUGGCGUUACCUCGACGGCUUUAGGGGGAUUGGGUGCCGGCAUUGGCGCCGCGACGGGUGCGCUACAUGGGCCUUUUUGGGACAUGCAAAAGGGAGCUGGCAAGGGGAUUCAAAAGAUAACAGGACUUUUACCGGGGUGGAAGGCUACUGAAAGCCAGAAGAAGCAACUUGAGAAGAUGGUCGGUCAAAUCAAUGAACAAGAUGCACCUAGCAAGGACGAGCUGGACAGUUGGAGCGUUAGUGACGACCAGAAAGAGGCCUUCGGAAAGUUACAGUCGAAACUGCCGUCAAUGCCUGCUACACGAGAUGAGUCUUCAGAAAAAGAAGGGAAGGGGGAUGAUCUGUCGAAACAAUCGAACCCUGAAGGCUCUGUUCCGGCGCAGUCUGAAGACUCGUCUCCAAGCGAUCAGCAAGAUACCAAUAGGAUAGAUCAGAAAACGGACCCGAAGGAAGCUGUCGACGCGCAAUCGAAGGAUUUGCAUACUGGAAAAGAGGGCCGCAAGAAGCCACGCAAACUGCAGAGCGGCUCAAACAACGAAAGUGCGCCCGCUGCGCACUCCAAUAAUUCCCGGAAACAACCACGAAAACUUGAGAAGAGGUCAGCUUGAGAGUAGUCGAGUUAGCUGUGCAUGGUGGCUUGACACAUUAUCAAUUGCAAAGCGUUUCACUCUGGCUUUCCACUUUCACCUCUAAAAGAUCUUU